AUGGCAGAACUGCAAAAUCAACCGUCUUUCAGUGAGAGCCUUCAACACACUAGUCUUCAACUCGAAGCCAUUCCUCUUUCCACCAACCCCGGUACAAUCUUGUGUGACGUAUCGCGAGGUGCCUCCCGACGCGUAGUGCCAAGCGAGAUGAGACGAGAUGUUUUUGUCGCGUUGCACAAUCUAGCUCACCCUGGCAUCCGCACUACCCAGCGCCUCGUCAGCGAGCGGUUCGUUUGGCCAAGCAUGAACACUGAUAUACGCCAGUGGACCCGUUCAUGUUUGGCCUGUCAGAAGGCCAAAGUCGGACGGCACAACAAAGCCCCCAUUGGCACUUUUCUCGCACCCGACGCACGUUUUUCACAUGUCCAUAUCGAUCUGGUAGGUCCCUUUCCAACAUCUCGUGGUUGCAACUACUUACUUACUGCGAUUGACCGAUUUACUCGUUGGCCCAUUGCAACUCCCAUACCUAACAUAACUGCAGAUUCCGUUGCUCAUGCUUUUUUGGAACACUGGAUUUCUCAUUAUGGCGUCCCCUCAACCAUUACCACCGAUCGAGGUCAACAAUUCGAGUCUAGACUGUUUAACAGCCUUACCAACCUCCUCGGAUGUUCUCGCAUACGCACGACAGCAUACAACCCCUCAUCCAACGGUUUAGUCGAGCGUUCCCACCGGCAACUCAAAGCCUCGCUCCGAGCUCAUGACAACCCUUCCCAUUGGAGCGAGCAUCUGCUUUUGGUCAUGCUCGGUAUCCGUACCGCACUCAAGCCCGACUUGGAGUGUUCCGCUGCCGAACUUGUCUACGGUACUACCCUACGGAUUCCAGGUGAUUUUUUCGGGUACUCUCAAAGCUCAGCCGAAUUGGAUCCCAGCGAUUAUGUGCAAAGAUUGCGCCAAGCCAUGACUCAUCUUCGAGCCGCUCCUCCACGUCCUUCAACAAGUAAGUCAUACGUCGACCCAAACUUACUAACAUGUUCUUUUGUAUUUGUCCGCAUAGAUAGCGUUCGCCGGCCACUACAACAGUCCUAUGACGGCCUAUUUCGAGUACUAUCGCGCAAGGACAAGUACUUUACAAUUGACCGUGGAGGCCGCACCGACGUGGUUUCAAUCGAUCGCUUGAAGGCGGCAUAUACCGAGCCUCUUCCAACUUCUCCAAUCGAACAACCCCCACUUGGCACAUUGCCACUUGCUAUUUCCCAGACUCCAUUUACGCCCAAUAACCCUGCGUCUUCCCUUAUCCCACAGACUCCUCCCCUUACGCGCAGUGGUCGUCGUGUCCGUUUUCCCGACCGUUACCAACUUGUACAAUAUGCAUAA